AUCUCAAAGAGAAGUUUGAAAGUUGCAAAGAUUUCAAAAGGCAAAUCUUCAAAGAAGUCAACGAAGAAUCUAAGAAUAUUAUUUAACGUGUACUGAGUUCAAUAAUUCAGUUAAAAUGUCUCUAAUUCCGCUGUUGUUCUCCGAUUGGUGGGAAGAUCUGGAACGUCCACAUCGUCUUCUCGAUCAAAACUUCGGUUUGGGAUUGUAUCCUGAACAAUUACUGAAUCCGAACAUUCUGGAUCAGUAUAUUUUACCCAGCCGGGACCGACGACUGAGAAACCCUUUGAUGUACUACAGACCUUGGGGUGAACUACUGCGAAAAAACGAAGGCGGAGGCACUUCUACGGUAAAAGCGGAUAAGGAUAAAUUCCAAGUAAUCUUGGAUGUCCAGCAGUUCAAGCCAGACGAAAUCAACGUCAAGAUCGUUGAUAAAUGCGUCGUCGUGGAAGCCAAACACGAAGAGAAACAAGAUGAACACGGUUGGAUUUCGAGACAAUUUACGAGGAAGUAUAUGAUCCCUGAGCAAUGUGACAUCGACCAAGUAACGUCUAGUCUGUCGUCCGAUGGGGUACUUAACAUCACUGCACCCAGGAAGGAUAAGCCAAAGGUUGAAAACGAAAGAUCCAUUACAAUCGAGCAGACAGGCAAGCCGGCGUUGAAGAAAGCUAUAGAAGAAAAGAGCGAAGAGGCAAAGAAGGAAGAAAGGAUAGAGAAUUAAAAGAAUGUUCAAUUAAGAUAUUAAUGUGUCCAAAUGUGUUCUACUGCUUACUCUUUUUUCACACUUGUUAAACUACAUUUUGCAAUGUAAUUCGAUUUUUGUAACACAGGUUUAAGCAUGUUUAUUAAGUACAAUAUUUAAAUAAAAUGUUAUAAAAUGUAA